CUAAGUUUACGGAAGAGCAACUGGUGGAAGUGAACGCAAUUUAAUGGAUGUGGGAAGGAUAUUUCGUCGAUCAACAUAGACAACACGCUUUCAUUUCGGUAUUAAUAUAUAAGAAGAGGUCACAAAAUGCCUUUAUUUGGCCAAAACCCAUUUGAUCAGGAUGCGGAGAAAGCAACGAGUGAAACAAAUACAACAGAGGACUGGGCCCUCAUUAUGGAUAUCUGUGACCGGGUGGGAACGACUCCGAAUGGUGCAAAAGAUUGCCUCCGGUCAGUCAUGAAGCGGGUCAACCACAAGGUCCCUCAUGUUGCCAUGCAAGCAUUAACGUUGCUUGGUGCCUGCGUCUCAAACAGCGGGAAGAUUUUUCACCUAGAAAUCUGUUCGCGAGAGUUUGCCAGUGAAGUUAAACAAGUGCUAAACAGGGCUCACCCAAAGGUUGGCGAGAAACUAAAGGCCCUGAUGGUCGAGUGGGCCGAAGACUUCCAGAAAGACCCACAACUAAGCCUCAUCAGUGCCACCAUAAAAUCCCUGAAGGAAGAGGGAAUGACCUUCCCCAGCUCAAGCAACCAGAACUCCAGCGGAAAACCCAACAGCACCCCUGCCGCCAGCAAAAUAUCAGAUGAUGACCUGGCCAAAGCCAUUGAGCUGUCCUUACAGGAGCAGAAACAGCAGGUAGAGACUCGAUCCCUCACUGUGAUUGCUGAUCCACCCUACAACACCAACAGCGUGAAGGAGUCUCGUAAGGUGCGCGCCCUCUACGAUUUCGAGGCGGCUGAGGACAAUGAGCUCACCUUUAAGGCUGGAGAGCUUGUGCUGGUCCUAGAUGACAGUGAUCCAAACUGGUGGAAAGGAGAGAACCACAGAGGAACGGGGCUUUUCCCAUCCAACUUUGUCACCACCAACUUGAAUGCUGAACCAGACCCUGUGAUGUAUAUGGAGAAGACCACCGUUCCUGAGGAGCCUAUCGUUGAAGUUAAAGCUGAACCUGAGCCUGUGUAUAUAGAUGAGGAGAAGAUGGACAGAACUCUUUACCUGCUCCAAAACACAGACCCUGCAGAUGCGUCACCCGACAGCGCAGAGCUGCUUGCAUUAGAAGGUGCUUGUGAAAAGAUGAACCCAAUGAUUGAUGAGAAGCUUCAAGAAAUGGACAGGAAACACUCAGAGUGGUCCGAGCUGAACGUAAAGGUGCUGGAAGCUCUGGAGCUGUAUAACCAGUUAAUGAAUGAAGCUCCGCUUUACAACGCCUACUCCAAAAUGCAGUCUGUGCAGGGCACUUACCCGGGAGCCCCUCCUUCGCUCGCUAUGCAGGGUUAUCAGCCGUCUGGAGCCUACAUGUCCUCUGGCGUUCCUCAAGGCUAUAGUCUCAGUACAGAUCAGGCCGGUCCUCUCUGUUCUCUCCCUCCAUCAGUCAAUUCAGCAGCCGCCGGUCAGCCAGCGCAACCUCCCUAUAUCAGUGGCCCCAUGAAUGCGGGAUACGUGAACCACACUCCUGGAGCACCCGGUGCUUAUCCGCCGCAGAUGGGUGUGGCUAUGGACAUAUCUGCCUAUCAAAACGCUAAUGCUGGUCUGCCUCCAACCUCCUAUCCAAUGUCAGCCCUGGCCCAGCCUACACACCAGCAGCCGCAAGCAGCUUUCUAUCAGCAACCCCUGCUGUAAAGCUGUGGGAAAGGUCCUACUUCACAGUCGCUAUGUCUCUACCAAUGCAAAUUCCAAGUGGUGAAAUUGGGUGGAGAGAGUUUUUGAUGGCAGGUGCAUGAAAGAUUUGACAUUUGCUGAUAAUGUCCUGAUCCACACAGGACAGCGAUUCUCUCAAUGGAUGCAAAAACAUAAUCGUCAUUCCUUCUUAAUAACUCUUUGAAGAAGUUUAGGGCAGGUUGAGAGUCGUUGGAAUGCAUCACACUAACCUAAAACAAGAUGUCCUCUCAUGAUAAUCACCAGCAUAUUUUUAAUUGUUCUGAUUAUGAAUCAUAAGAUCAUAAUAAUGCACAUUCGUUAUAUAAAGAUAAUGCUUUUGAUUGGUAGGUUCACAGUGCUGUUUUCCAUUCUGGGUAGGAAGACUCCAACCAUUUUUAAUAGCACCAUGCAUUAUAGAGAGGACAAUUACAUUAAGAUUAUCAUACAGCAGAUCAGCAUAUCUGGAAAGAAUUCACGUGCCAAGACUCAGCACUUGUAGAAACUCACAAAAUGAUGGUUUAAGGUUCUGGCUGCUGUUAUUGAGUCCAGAACUAUGGGACAGAAUUAGCAGAAAGCAUUGUAACAGCAGUUUAAAGCCAUUGUCAUUGGCUUUCGUGUAAUGUUUGUAAAAGCCUUUGCAAACUUUACAUGAUUUGAAAGUAGUCACAGAUGCAAUCCCUUUAUGGUCAAUCCAUAUGUUUCACUGUAUAUUGAUAUUUAUAAUAUGAAAGUACCGCUUGUGUUUGCGUUGUGGGUGUUUUUCGUGGUCCGAUUUAAUUUAAGGCGUGUAAAAUUGCAUACAGUGUCUUAUAAUUUUACAGAAAUGAAAAAAUAGUUGCUUUUUUCUUCUUAGGUAGGUGAAAAGAACAAAAAUACUUUUUCUUACAACCCCCACCCUCAAUUAAUAAUGCCUUGAUAAGGACAAAAAUCACAAUUUUCGAAAUUCUCAGUAAAAUGGGAUUGUGUAGUAUAAAUAUUAUUUUCUUAAACUGCUUAAUAAAAGAUAUUGUAUAUUAGAUGUUAAGUAUCUCGCUUUGUCUGUAUUGCACCUUAACUUUAUGAACAUUUAUUUACCACCAGAUGCCUUUCGAGAGAUUGAAUAAAAGUAGAAAUCGACUCGAGACUUUAAUUCAGAAAGCUGCUGUAUUUUGUAAACCUAUAUGUUUUAAGAGAUUUAUGUGUAUUGUACUCUCUUUGUAACAUCAAUAUUUCUUUGUAUCCUGCCUGCUCAUUUUUCAAUUUCCUUUUGUAACAAGGUGAACUCUUAUAGUCUUCAAAAAAUAAAAAUGACCUUUCAAUAGCUGCUUUUAAGACUGCAUAUUUACAGAGAGAGAGAGAGAGAGGAAGAUCUCUUUGAAACUGACUUGAGUGCUGCAGAUGUCUUCUCAUUUCUUUUAAUGAAUCUAAAUGUUAAUUAAGCUGCAUUUAUUAUACAAGGCUGGUGUUUGAUUCAUCAGACAUUAGUCAUUCCAGGCAUGUUUUGACAGAAUCGAGCUCUGAUACACUCCGCUAAUAAUCUGCUAAUGAUCAACCUCAUGAGUGCUGGAUCAUCAUAGUCUGCCUGGUAAAACUACAGCCACUGAAUUUAAUUGAUACAGAUCUGCAGUUUAGCAUUUCCUUAUCAAUUCUUUAUGCAUGAGGCGCUGAUUUAUUAUACCUUUGAUUUAUAAUGUAUAUACAGUAAUGUUUAUUAUUAGUAUGAAUACUGUUUUUGCAUUAGUGCAUAUAUAUAUGAAAAUUCUUUAAUCAUUUAUUCACUUUCAUGUCAUUUCAAACCUCUAUGACAUACUUUCUUCUGCAGAACACAGAAAAGAUGUUUUGAAGAUUUUCGGUAACCACUCAACAUUGACCCCCAUUGACUUCCAAUGUAUGGACACAAAAACCACUGAGACUUUUGUCAAAUGAUCACGUUUUGUGUGUCACAGAAGAAAGUCGUAUAGUUUUUGAAACACAUGAGUGUAAUUACAGUAAAUGAUGAGAAUAUAUUUUGUUUUUUGGUGAACUGUCGCUUUAAAGAAUUUGACUUGACACUGUUUUUCAAACUUUCAAUAGCUGAAUAAUGGUUAAGUCAUAAUCAGGGUAAAACUGCUUUUAUAUCACUUGCCUGUUAUAUUUGAGUUGCAUUAAAGU